AUGUCCGGACUACAUGGUGUGGAAACCAUUGAACUGACGACGGGCACGGUUGCCGUGCAGACCGUCUCCACGGCAGUGAUUGGCCUCGUGGGGACAGCGCCGGACGCCUCCGGCGGUGUGUGUGCUUCCGGUACUGCCGGAUCAUGGUUGUUGAGUUCCGCGCUGGAUUUUACAGCGAAAAAAGCCGGGCGGUCCGGCAAUGAGAUUUCAGUUGUGGCCAACGGAAGCACGCAGCAAAACGCAGAGACAACCGCGGCUCUGGAGGGAAACACCCUGACGAUCACACUGGGCACAGAUGAACAUGGUGAGACGAAUGCCACUGCAUCACGUGUGAAGGAGGUUGUGAAUGCGCUGGAGGAUUCACCGGUGAUGGCCGAUACCAGCAUGCUGAAUGCAGAUUCUGUCGGGGAAGGAGUGGUAUCUCCCUUUACCCUGACGUUGUCCGGCGGUGAGGAUGAGGCAUUUCCGGUUAAUACGCCGGUGGUGGUGGCGGGGGCACUCACGCAGGCCGGAAAGCUGGGGGCUUCCGGAACGCUGUAUCCUGCCCUGCGCGAUAUUUUUGACCAGACCGGUGCGCUGGUGAUUGUGGUACGCGCGGAAAGCAAACCGAAAGCGAAGGAGACCGAACAGCGUGCCGCAGUGAUUAAGGCCAUGGAAGCUCUGACGAAGAGCAAAGGCGUAACAGGCUACCAGCCGCGUAUUCUUGUCGCCACCGGCUACAGCGAGGAUGAUGGUGUGGCAAAGGCGCUGGAAACGUAUGCCGCGAAACUGCGGGCUGUUGCCUAUAUUGACUCCCCAUCAAUGGCAACGCCGCAGGAUGUGGUUCAGCGCCGGACGUUAUUUGGUGGGCGUGUUGAACUGCUUCGUCCGCGUGUGUCGGUGACGGAUGACAGCGGACAAACAGUGUUUCGCCCGUAUUCGGCACGCGCAGCCGGACUACGUGCCCGUAUUGAUUAUGAAAAAGGAUGGUGGUGGUCCAAAUCAAAUCAGGACGUGAUGAAUAUCACCGGUCUUGAGCAGGCGGAUACAUUUAUUCUCGGGGAGCAGAACUGCACGGCAAACCUGCUGAACAUGGAAAACAUCUCCACCAUUAUUCGUCAUGACGGUUUUAAACACUGGGGUAACCGCCUGUGUACAUCUCACAGCCAGUUGCGCUUUGAGUCCGUGCGCCGUACGGCUGAUGUGAUUGAAGACAGUGUUCAGGAAUCCAUGUUGCCUUAUGUUGACCGUCCGAUUGAUCGGGAUGUAGCGGACGAUAUUCUCGGCAGUAUUAAUGCCUACAUGCGCCAGCUUAAAAAUCUGGGCGCGAUCCACGGUGGUAGCGCAUGGCUGAACGACGAACUGAAUACAGCAGAAACCCUGGCUGCCGGGCAGUUGUAUAUCGACUAUGACUUCGGGCCGAAGUCACCACUGGAACGCCUGACGCUGCGGACAAUGAUCAACAAUAAACUGGCACGGGAGGAACUGACAGUAUGA